AACGGUUAAAAUUAGUUCGUCCGAUAUUGACGAUCGUUAGAGUGUCGAAUAUUUGCUGUCGCGCGCACCUUAAAAAAAAAAACCGACAGAAUCAGUAACGAUCUUGCAGCCCAUCAGAAGCAAUGUGGCCCUAAGAUGAGUAUCAAGCAUCAAUGGAAGCCAUCGUUCAGGAUAUACGGGUUGAUUCUCAUCUUUUGGGUUGCCUGGGCCGAAGGACAGAGCUCCAAAACGGAGGUUAAUGUGGCAUCUACGGCUUAUACCCUUCGCUUUACUUUAAACGAUGAUACGGAGUACUCCAUCAGUGGUGUCACCUGCCGCAAUUCCAGUGGAAAGGAAACGAUAGCCAAUCAGGAUAAUGUAUGCGAAAGCCUCGAUCCAUGUACCUUUUACACCUGUGUGGUGUCCUUUCGAACCAAUGUAGCCGAAAGGCCACCACCUUCCGAACAGAUUAUUUAUGCCUACACGGAGUAUAAACAGCCUAGAACCACUGUUAAAUCACUGGAGCCCACGUCGCAUACCAUCAAGAUAUCCUGGCAGACAACCGAUCGAGCUUGUGUGGAAAACUUUGAAAUCAAUGCCAAGGCUUCGGCCACGGGCUUCGGCUUCAACGUCGUCCAGCUGAACGAGAAGAGUACUUACACCUUCGACCAAAAUAUUAAGGCCUGCCUCACCCACGAAAUCACCCUCGUGACCCGAAACAAUGCCAGUCAAGUGGUGGACACAGACGUUAAUACGGUGGACACACUGUACGCAGAGCCGGGAGAUCUCUCGAUGAACGUCACUAACCUGGCCAACGGCAUUACGAUGAUAACUUGGAACGAUCCCAUCGAGGAGUACUGCAUCAGCAACUAUGAGUUCAAGUGGCGGCGUGACGACUGCCCGAAGGACACAAAUCCGGAGGAGAGCACUACAAUGGAGCCCACCACUCUGACCACCCCUGACAUGGACUACGACCUGAGUACCACCACGGAAACGACCGCUUCACCUUCAGAACCAGACGAUGGCAAGGUGGAAUGUAACUGGAGUGAAUCUACCUCCGACGGCAAGCUUCGAGAGUACUUGCUGAUGGACCUGCAAGGAUGUGAGCCAUACACCUUCGAGAUUUUCAUAAAUGAGAAUUUGACGUCUAAGGCUUCACAACAGUUUACAUCGGCUGAAAAAGUUCCCAGUGUGGUUUAUGAACCCACACUAAGUGCAGAUCCCAAUAAAAUGGGAGAGUUGAGCUGGACGUGGUCGGAGCCGCAGGAUCAUCCAAAAUGUGUGGCCAACUAUAGUGUAAGCCUGACUGGACCCAGUCAGCGUUCGGUUAAGGUAUCCGAGGACUUGGUGACCGAGGAAAAAACGGCUGUAUUCGAAAAUCUAGACCCGUGUGGAAUCUACACUGUGGGAAUAGUGCCGAUUAUGUUGAAUGGAAGCAGUGGGGCCUCUUAUAAAGGAGAGGGCACAGUUCAAGAAGCUCGGCCAACCCAGAUCUUAGAACCGGUGGUAACACCAGAUUCGUUUUCGCUGGAACUGAGUUGGGAUAUACCCGCCUAUGCGGAUCUGUGCAUCGAUGGCUAUCGCCUGUCUGGCUGGACGGAGGACGAGCCCAUUGUGGAGGGCCUCAGUGUCACCACAAAAAAUACAAAUGUGUCCUACUCGAAUCUGGUCGCCUGUGAGAUGUACACAAUCCAAAUCAUUCCGUACACCAGGGGAAGUCAGGAUGGAGACCCGAGACAGGUUGACGCUGAGAUGCGACCAGCGAUUGUUUCCAGUUCAAAAAUCAAGUUUGAAGUGUUGACUGGCAGUACUAGCUCCCACAGUCUGGAGCUAAGCGCUUUCAAUAAUGAUUACAACAACUCCUGCCCGACCAUCUAUGCUUUUUUUGAAUGCAAAACAACUGAUAAUGUUCCCAACAAACAAGCUGAUCGUUACGUCGAAGGACACACUCAAAGAGGUUUCCAGGCGGUUGUUAGCCCACUUUCCCCGUCCACCACUUACGUUUGUUAUGUGACACUUUACAAUGUGGCCGGGCCCUCGGAAGUGCUUAGCAGGGCCGGGAUCUCAACAGCAAACUAUUUUCCUGAGAGGCCGGAGAAUUUACACAACGAACACAGGACGACUAACAGUCUCCAGUUCAGCUGGGAUCCACCCACCUAUCUAAACGGAGCUCUUAAGUUCUACCAGGUGUUCCUAAUGCUCCACGAAGCCAACUACUUUAUGCCCGAAGAUUGCACCAUCGAUGAGUGGUCCAAGUCGGAGACCAAUGCCCUAACCACUUCCAACUAUUCAGCGUUAUCGCCAGGAAUGAAGUACAUGAUCCAGGUGGCUGCUCAGAAUGAUUUCGGAAUGGGUGACUACACAGCUCCUGUAAUUGGCAUUACUCUGCCCACCGUCUCUGACAACGUUACCCAGUUGACUGUAGCACCAAUGGGUCCCUAUCCGGAUCCCAACCUUCAGUACUUCGCCAACGUGACCAUCACAUGGACAGUGCCCUGCAGGUCGAAUGGCGAGAUCGAGUACUUCCUGCUUGUCUUCAGUGGAACUCGAAAAAAUCACGAGAAUAUCGCGUUUAAUCGCACGGUUCAGUUGGAUACAGAAAACAAAAAGGGUCGGAUGUCCUACACGGAGACAGAUAUGCAGCCGGAGUACGACUAUAGGGUGCUGGUGGCAGUCAAGAACCUCGAUGUGGAUCAACUGAGUUACGGAGUGCCCGGCCAGUGGCAGUCGCCAGCAGGAUUACCAUCACGCCUGGGGGACGAGCUGGUGGGUCAGAUGCGGGUGAAAACCGAGGAAACGAAUCAUCCAACUAAAUCGGCGGUGGUCCGUCUUCCAGCCAGCAUCAUGAACUCCGAAUCGGGUGACAUCCAAUACGUUGCCCUGUUGGUCUCGCAGAAGAACUGCGCCGGAACGUCACAGCCGGAGUUGGGAUUCGAGGUGUCCAAGGAGUGGCCCAACUCGCUGACCUACGAAGAGGCAGGUGGCGAUGGCAGCGGCGGUUGCGUUGCCCAGUACCAGACAACACCCUUUUACUGGAAACCUGUGGCCACUGUCCGGUACCGCCGGAGCACUGACAACACCACGGACUCUGACUCCGAAAUUGUAUUUACCAUCGGCGAAGACAAGUGUCCCAACGCUGAUCGAUUCUGCAACGGGCCUUUGCUGGCGGACACGGAGUAUUAUCUGGUAGUGCGAUUGUUCACCUCGUCCGGAUACAGUGAUGCUGCUCUCCUGGAGUUCAAAACUGAGGCAGCCAUCAAGGUUACCUUGAUCCUGGUCAGCGUUUGCUCUUGCCUGCUCCUGGCGUUUGUGAUCGGAUUGGUGGUCUUGUGGGUUCGGAAACGUAUUGCUUGGCACCGUGACUCUGGCCAAGGAAUCGAGGAUCCUUUUGGCAACAUCAUUGCCAAGAACUUUGCCAUUUUCUAUGCCGAGGUGGCCAAGCCAGAAAAAUUGGCUCGGGAGUUCAAAGAGAUCACCGUUGCCGCCGUUGUACUGAGCUAUGCAGCUUCGGAGUUGGGUUGCCAUAAGAAUCGCUACGCAGACAUAUAUCCUUAUGACAAGAACCGCGUUAUACUGGACAUAGAUGCGGAAGGCUCGGACUAUAUCAAUGCCUCCUUUGUGGACGGUCAUACUCGGAAAAAAGAAUAUAUAGCCACACAGGGACCAAAACCGGAGAGCGUAAUGGACUUUUGGCGCAUGGUGCUUCAGUAUAAUGUACGGAUUAUUGUGCAGGUCACCCAAUUCCGCGAAGGCAACAUAAUCAAAUGCCACGAGUACUUUCCCUAUACCAUGCGAGGAUUAACCGUCACGGUGAAGAGCAAGGAAAGCUUUGACCUUUACGACCGCACUGAGCUAACAGUGGUCCAUGAAAAGUACGGCUUCAAGGAGAAGGUGGUCCACUUUUACUUCAAGAAGUGGCCAGAUCAUGGGGUUCCAGAAGAUCCAAUGCACCUGAUCACCUUUGUGAAGAAGGUAAAGUCGGAGCGGCGCCCCAAUUUCUCGCCCAUUGUGGUCCAUUGCAGUGCCGGGGUGGGUAGGACAGGGACCUUUAUUGGUCUGGACAUAAUCAUGCAGCGUCUGAAGAGCGAGUCCAAGAUCAACAUCUUCGAGACGGUGAAGAAGCUGAGGUUUCAACGCAUGAAGAUGGUGCAGACCCUCCAGCAGUACACCUUCCUCUAUGCCUGCACCUACGAACUGGUGAAGCACAAGAUUCCCCGGGCGGCUCUAAAGCUUGAAGGUCGUCCCAAGCCGCUUAAUGGGACUGUUCCUGCUCUUUCCGCACCCAAGAAAGUGAGCUUUCCAGACGUGGAAGCCAGUGCCCAUAGCGACUCCGAAGCGCCAGUGGUGACUGCCCCAUACCCGAACCAGGAAGUAGAUGUGCCUGUUCUGCAGCUACCUGCUCGGUAUUCUGGUCAGCGGAACGGUGGUCCUCAAGCCGACACAAUCAGCAUUACGAGCACCAAUAUGUGAGGCAGAAAAUGACAUAACCUGUAUAUUAAUUGUAUUUGUAUUAUGCGACCACAAUUUAUGUGCAAUAAUAGCCAAAGAAAUGUGACUAAAUCGUAGAAAAUGGAUCUUCAAAAUGGAGCUUUACAACUAAAUAAUUUUUGUUUUUACCCUUGUAUUUAUAAACAAAUGCCUAUUAUCGCCAAA